AUGUAUUCAAAUCACUAGGAUAUCCCACAAUAAAUCAAAAGAUAUAGCUUUGUCAAAGUUCUUGGUCAAGGAGGAAACGGCAAGGUAUGUCUCUAUGAGCAGGAAAAGUAACUAUAUGCAGUUAAAUUGGAAGAUUCAAAUAAUGGAGGUGCUUUGAAGAAUGAGCAACAAAUAUUGAAAAAGCUUAAUGAUUACUAAGAAAAGAAUGGCCAAAACAUAUUAUUCCCUAAAUUGUACGAUUCUGGCUUUAUUAAGCCUUACAAUUACUUGAUCAUGGAAUAUCUAGAUUAGCCAAUAAACACAAAUAUGAGAGAUCCAUCUGAAAUCAAGGAGUUUACCAAAUAAUGCUUUAGAGCAGUUAGACUUAUGCACCGUACUGGAUAUAUCCAUAGAGACAUAAAGCUUGAAAAUUUUAUGUAUAAGAAUAACUAGCUCUACCUAAUCGAUUUUGGAUCAGCUUCUGAAUAUAUAGUAGGUGAUAAGAUAGUACCUCUAGAUUUCAACAAAUAAUUCGUUGGUAGCAAAUUAAGUGCAUCACUACAAUCACUUGCAGGAUUUUAAAAUGGGAGAAUAGAUGACUACAUUUCAAUCAUUAACUCUAUUCUGCUGGCAUGUGAAGAUAAUAGUCCUCUCUUGUUUAAUUUAGAUCCUUCUCAAAAUUAUCUAAAUGACAGUUAGUAGCGUGGUCUCGUAUAUUUAAAGAAAUUGUAACUAAGAGAAGAUGAUUUUAAGACGGAUUACAGCAAGAGACUAUUUCGAGUGCUCAAGUUCUUAGAAGAAACAUAUUUUGACCAAUAUGAGAAAAAGAUUCUUCAAGAUAAUGAGAUUGACGCGUUGAUAGAGAAAAUUGAUGAGCCUAUUGUUAAAUCCAUUCAUAUUCAAAGCAUAGCCUAAAUCUAUUCAUAGGUCAAAACACCUUUAGAUCAAAGGCUUUCCGAUAAUAGUUAUUUACCUAGAAAAACUGUAUAAGAUGCAAUACCUCAGUAUAAUGCCAUAGAAUUCUAAGGCUUGAAUAAAUAAAAGAAGGUCAAAUUAUCAAAUGAACAGCUUGAAUUAAUCUUAAAUUCUAGUCAAUAUAAACCGAAAGCACUCAAACAGAGUGAAAUUUAACUUCCAUGCCAAAUUAAUCAUGGUUUAAGAAAAUAACAUAUGACUAAACAAAUAGCUCAUAAUAUUCAAAUUAUGUAAAGAACUAAGUAUGUCAAUUUGAAGCUAGUUUAAAAUAAUCUGAAUUUUAAUCAAAAUACAAAGGAAAUUAACUUAACUAAACCAUCAAAUGGUAUUAUAUGUUACAGCUAAUGCUAAAUUCAUAAAAAAGAAAAGCCAGUAAUUAAUCAAGUUUAACAACUGUCUGAAAUGAAAUCUAUUAUCAAUCUACAGAAUGAGAAGCUUGUUUAAUUAGAAGUUUAUAAGAUUAAAGCUAAUUUAUGGGAUCAGUAUUAGAGUUUUUUAGAAAAAAGAAAUUCAAAUAUAUUUGAUUACACAAUUGAAAAGGAAGUCAAAAGAAUUACUAGAGAAAAGUCAAUAGCUACUGAAUUCGGUAUAAUACAAAUAAAUAUUGACUAUUAAUCUAAAUAAUCUUCUCUUUCAAAUAAAGUCCAAUAUCAAAAUUCAAAUUAGACCCAAGAAUAAUAGACAUAAUUCACUCAAACUAAUCAUUAAUGCCAAGAAAAUAGUGAAGAUGAGAAAUAAAUAAAAGCUAUUCAUUAUUAUGAUUCAGAAUAAAAAAUGUCAGAUCCAAUUGAUUAAGUUGCCUAUAGUAAUGAUUUACCUAAAAAUCCUGAAAGCAAUUCUUAAAAUUUUAAUUUCGACUCUUCUGCUUUAGAUAAUAACUAGUAGAAUAAAAUUUACGUAAAGUCAUAAGACUCUUAAAAUAGACUUAAAUUAGAUAAUGUUUCGGAUGAACUAAAUAACUUUGAUUCCCAAAAUCAAAGCAUUUUAGUCUCAAACAUUGAAUAGAAUUAAACUUUCGAUAAUUCAGAUAAUAAAGAUGAAAACAUUGUAAGUUAAAUGACAAACUAGAAUCCUUUUUAAAUAAUGAUCCUUAAAUGA